CAGCUCAUAGUUAAACGGUACUUGUAGUUUUUGUUUUUACCAUGCGAGUCUCCAGAUGUGUGUUUUUGGGGGAAAGGAAAAGUUUAAGGAGUCCGGGUUUGUUUGUAGCGAGUUUCCUAAACUGCUGUUAAACUGUUAGAACAGCAGAGGCUCCUCCGCGGUUCCUCUACAGAGCUCCUGGGCUGAGUGAAGAUCUAUGGACGUGUGUAACGGGCUGGAUUGCAUCUUGAAUGAGGACAGCGACACAGAGCUGCCAGGGGAACCUGCAGCGAUUCUUGGCCCAGCGAGGCACUGAGCUGGGCAACAUCUGCUGAGGCCACCCCUUUCGCAUGGACGUGAACAUGGCGACGCAGCUGUCCCUGAGCUCAUCUGGAACUACCACUUUAAGCUCUCAGGUGCACGCAGCUGCCGUGAACGGAGAUAGGAGCUCCUUACAGAGACUGAUCACAGCAGAGCCGUGUCUGAGGGACAGUGAGGAUCAGUUUGGGAGGACUCCUCUGAUGUACUGUGUGCUGGCUGACCGCUUGGACUGUGCCGAGACGUUACUGAAGGCGGGAGCUUCUGUCAACAAAGCUGACCACAGCAAGAGGACAGCCCUGCACCUCGCUGCUCAGAAGGGAAAUGUGCGUUUUAUGAAGCUGCUGCUGUCACGGCAUGCUGAUUGGCUGUUGAAGGAUCUGGAGGAGAUGACGCCUCUGCACUUGGCCACACGCCACUCCAGCUCCAAGCCUCUCUCGCUUCUCCUCAAACACAUGGCACCUGGAGAGGUGGACACUCAGGACAGGAACAAACAGACGGCACUGCACUGGAGUGCAUUCUACAACCACCCAGAGCAUGUAAAGCUGCUGAUCAAACACGACUCAAACAUCGGGAUCCCAGACAGCGAGGGCAAAAUCCCUCUACACUGGGCAGCUCACAACAAACACCCUAACGCCACACACACUGUGCGCUGCAUUCUGGAAGCCGCUCCCACCGAGUCCCUGUUGAACUGGCAGGACUAUGAGGGGCGGACCCCGCUUCAUUUUGCUGUGGCCGAUGGGAACGAGGCGGUGGUGGAGGUCCUGACGUCAUACGACGGUUGCAACGUUACAGCUUACGACAACUUGUUCAGGACACCCCUGCACUGGGCAGCACUGCUGGGCCAUGCACGGAUCGUUCAUCUGCUGCUGGAGAGGAAUAAGUCCGGCAUGAUUCCGUCAGACAGCCAGGGAGCCACACCAUUGCACUAUGGAGCUCAGAGCAACUACGCUGACACGGUGGCGGUGUUUCUGAAGCACCCGUCAGUGCGGGACGAGCCCGAUCUGGAAGGCAGGACCGCUUUCAUGUGGGCUGCUGGUAAGGGCAGUGAUGAUGUCAUCAAGACCAUGCUGGAACUCAAGGGACAUGUCCUGGACAUCAACAUGGCCGACAAGUAUGGAGGAACGGCGCUCCAUGCAGCGGCACUCUCAGGCCAUGUGUCCACGGUGAGGUUGUUGCUGGAGAAGGGGAGCAUGGUGGAUCCUCUGGACGUCAUGAAACACACUCCCCUGUUCCGUGCCUGUGAGAUGGGCCACAGAGAUGUCAUUCUCACACUCAUUAAAGGUGGGGCGCGUGUGGACCUGGUGGACAUAGAUGGCCACUCUGCUCUUCACUGGGCAGCACUAGGUGGUAACGCGGAGGUGUGCGAGGUGCUAAUGGAGAAUGGGAUCAGUCCAAACUUGCAGGAUCAGGCUGGCCGGACACCCCUGCAGUGUGCUGCCUACGCUGGCUAUAUUAACUGCAUGGCUCUGCUCAUCCAACACCACGCUGACCCCAACAUGCAGGACAAGGAGGGGAGGACUGCGCUACACUGGUCGUGCAAUAAUGGUUAUCUGGAUGCUGUGAAGCUUCUUCUGGGAUGUGGAGCGUUCCCCAACCACAUGGAGCAUACAGAGGAGAGGUACACUCCUCUGGAUUAUGCUUUACUGGGAGAGCAUCAGGAGGUGACUCAGUUUCUGCUGGAGCACGGCGCCAUGUCCAUCGCCGCCAUCCAGGACAUUGCUGCCUCCACCAUCCAGGCCCUCUAUAAAGGCUAUAAGGUCCGCCGAGCCUUCAAAGAGCGCAAGAACCUCCUCAUGAGACAUGAGCAGCUCCGAAAAGAUGCAGCCAAGAAGAGGGAAGAGGAGCGUCGGCGUGAGGCAGUACAGCAGCACUCACUGGCUGAAGCAGGACUGCACAAACAGAUGUCGUUGUUACGGCUUGGGGACAAUAGGCCGCCAUUGGCUGAGAUGGAGCCUCACAUAGACAGAAAAAACCUGGUGACACCCAAAGGUCACAAACCUAGAAAACCUUUAAAAGCGCAUCAUAGCCAGAGCAGGAUGGACAAGAAACUAAAACCUCAGGAGCACAGAAAGCAGACAGAAACACCGGACCCCCCUCACCUCUCUGUGACCUUGACCCCACCAGUGACCUCUCCAUCGAUCAAGCGCAGAUCAGAUGCAGUGAUAGAAGCACAUGGAUCUGAGGAGUCUAGUACAAGGCCUGAGCGUCGCUCUCCUGCUGGUUCCAGCAGGCCAGGCAGUGCCAGACCAGCACAUCCAGGGUCCCAUCCAGCACCCGGACCCACAGAGACCACCACAGCAUCCAGAACUACAGUCCACUCCAGGCCCAGGACUUCCAGGAGCCACUCGAGGGCUUCCUCAGCAGCUCGGUCUAAAGUACCUCAAGCUGGAUCCUCUGAAAGCUCCACAGAACCACAGCCUAAAGCCCCAACAGCAGUCAGAAGGAGCUGCUCAGCUGCAGCCGCUCCUGCCCAGCAAUUCAGCACCUCCACUUACUCAGAGAAGCUUUCCAGACCCAAGAGAGAGAAAGAGAGGACUGAUAAAGAGAAGGAGAAAGGAGCUGGAGCUGAGAGAGGAAGAGAAAGAGCUGUGGAAAGAGAUAAAAACAAAGGGAAAGAGAUUGAAGCGGGGAAAGAGAGACGGAAAGAUAGUGAGAAAGAGAAACGAGUGGAAAAGGAGAAGGAGCACAGGAGGAAGAGUCUCCAUAAGAAGAAUCAAGCAGCAAGAAUGAUACAGACAGCAUGGAGGAGAUCCCGUGUUCGGAGACGCUUGAGGGAAGUGUUGUGUGGAGGUGUAAAAAGGGCGGAGCCUGCAGAGGUCACAGCAAUUGUGGUUCAGUUUUUAUGGGACCAGAAAGUCCACCUUGAUAUCGGUAACCUAAAGACCAAUUCGUCAGUGCAGUCUGCGCCCGUCAAGACUGCAGGGAAGAAAAGCUCUGUGCUACAAAAUAUCUAUGGUGGAGCCCAGGCCAAAAGGGGGCGCUCUCUCAGAUCUGUGUCCAACCUCAGCACACACAGCCAGAGUCAGCUCCUGCUGGACCUGUCACUCAAGAGCAGCAAGCAAUUGAGCGGUGUGGAGUGUGUGCACUUACUCGACUCUUUAAGCCAAGCCAAGCAGUAUUCAUAUCACUUACGCCCUCAGAGCGCCGGCAGCCAGAGCAGUCACAACAGCAGAACCAAGCACUGAAAGCCCCUCACCACACACACACACACACACACACACACGCACACAACUGCACAUACAGUAUCAGUCUGUAUCAAUUUUAGUUUGGACACACCUUCUCAUUCAGUGUUUUCUUAAUUUCUGAAUUUAAUUUUUUUUCUACCCUGUAUAUUAAUAUUCAAGACAUGAAAACAAUUAACCAUUUUGGACCUGAAUAAUUUCCAGUAAUUAAAAAAAAAAUGAAAAUGCUGUUUUCUGUCUGUAAUGCACAGAAAAGGAGACUCUAAAAUGUUCUACUAUAAAAUCUAUAUAGCAAAUAAAUCCAAUUAACUAAAAUAUAUUUAAUAUAUAUUUUUAUUUUCAUUUGCGUUGGAAGCCUCUUUAAAAAUGUUACAUUUCAUACUGACCUUUUUAUUUCAUAAACCUUCCAUAAGCAGUAAAACCAUGAUUAAAAAUCAUUCUAAAUCACAUUAAAUUAGUAAAAAUUAGCUGUUACUUUGCCUCAAUAGCUCUAGUACUACUAUUUGUCCAGUGUUUUUUGCAGUGGAUGGGGCCAAGUUACUGUUUCAUGGUUUAUAAACUUGUUCAUUAGCUGGUUCAUGGUCUACUCUGAUGGACAACAGCUCUCAAAUAGUGUUAAUAAUGUGCAACAAAACAUUUAAAAAUACAAAAAAUAUGUCCAUUGUAAUGCAUGCAGGGUCUAAAAGGGUUAAGGGACACAUAUAGAAUUAUUGUCCUUUACAAUCCCCUGAUUUAAACCUGAUGAACUAAGAUUUGAGGUGAUUAGGGAUGAGCUGGAGCUUCACAGCAUGAAGGAAAAGCAGCAACUAUUGUUCAGCACCUCCAGGAACUCCUUCAAGAUGCUGAGAAAACUAUUCCAGGUGACUCUCCCUCACGAAGACACUGAGAUACUAAAAUACCAAGAGUGUGCAGAUCUUUCCUCAAAGACUACUUAGAAGAAUCUAAAGUAUAACACAUAUUUUGGUUUGUUUAACACUUUUUGUUUAUAACACUUAUUGUUUAAAUAUAGUCUUCAAUAUUACAUUUUUACAUUAAUUACAAUGUAAAAAAUCAUAAAAAAGAAAGAUAACACAAAUCAUUGAAAGAGAAGAGGUGUGUCCAAACUUUUGACUGAUACUGUAUGAGUGCAUAUCCUAUAGCUGUCCCACAUACACUAAACACCCCAACCAUGAAAUGAAACCAACAACUGACAUACAUGCAAACACUAUGCCACAAUGAUGCUCCUGAAAACUGACACUUAUCUGCUUAUUUAUAUAUUAUGUAGGUCAUGAAACAGGUUUUGGGCUGGAUGGUAAAUAUACACAAGCUACACCAAUAGAGGUUACGUUACAUCAUGUAACCUAAAAACCCUUUCCAUACAUUGCAGUUUUAGUGUUUUUAGAUGAGAAUAUUUAUCUAAUAUUCCUCAUUUUGAAGUAGUUGUAAGAAUAUGAGCUAUGUUAUUAUGUAAGUAAUGUUACCUAAUGAUUACAUAUUCUAUGGUAGAUCAAUUAUCAGUUGAAUUGUUUUAAGCAUUGCCCAAUUUCAGCAUUAUUUUAUGAAACAAGAUAACAUGAUUUGAAUUAAUAAAUAUAUACAGCUCUGGAAAUAAAAACAAGCGACCACUUAAAAAUGAUGAGUUUCUUUGAUUUUACCAAAUUGAAAACCUUUGGAAUAUAAUCAAGAGGAAGAUGGAUGAUCACAAGCCAUCAAACCAAACUUAACUGCUUGAAUUUUUGAACCAGGAGUGGUAUAAAGUUAUUCAAAAGCAGUGUGUAAGACUGGUGGAGGAGAACAUGCCAAGAUGCGAUUAAAAACAGGGUUAUUCCACCAAACACUGAUUUCUCAACUCUUAAAACUUUAUGAAUAUGAACUUGUUUUCUUUGCAUUAUUUGUGGUCUGAAAUCUGCAUCUUUUUUGUUAUUUCAGCUAUUUCUCAUUUUCUGUAAAUAAAUGCUCUGAAUGACAAUAUUUUUAUUUGGAAUUUGGGAGAAAUGUUGUUCGUAGUUUAUAGAAUAAAACAAUAAUGUUCAUUUUACUCAAACAUAAACCUAUAAAUAGCAAAAUCAGAGAAACUAAUUCAGAAACUGAAGUUGUGUCUUCAUUAUUUUUUCCAGAGCUGUAUAAGUUUGGAAUAUUCGUGCAGCAAUUACAUAACGAGAUGUUAGAUAUAUAAAUGAGAUUUAACACAUUUUACCAGCCAAUAUGUAAUUGUUUACAGUGUGUGUAAUGUUAAUUUUAAAUUGCACUGAGUAUUUGACCCCUAUAUAUUAAUUUCUAUGGGGUAGAAUGAGUAAACCUCCACAAACAAAUUAUUAAGCCAUAAUAAUUAAUAAUUAACUCAGCUAUAGAACCAACUGUAGUUCUGUGAGGAACCCUCAGUUUACACCACUAUACAAACUUAAUCCCAGUACUGAAUCCCUCUAGUGUGUAAGUGCUGAAAAACAUUGUACCAUUAUUUAACAUAAAAAAAAAUCGACUUGUGUGGUCCUUUCAACAGCUGAUAAACCACAACAACUCAAAUAGUAAACAUUUACAUGCAUAUUAUACGCCUGGUCUUUUUUUAUUUUUCUUUAUGUUGGAGAACAUUAAGGAUUGUAUAUGUUUUAUUAAAUGACCUUUAACUUUAGAAUAGCCACAAAAUGAUUCUACUAAUCAAAAAAAGCCUUUUUCCCCAGAAGAGUAAAGGAAUUGGCCUUUAAAAUUAAUUUAUUGUUUUAUAGGUUUAGCUGCAAUAAUUGAGCCCAGUUGAAAAACUUGGACCAAUCAUCUAUGUAUAACUGCCUUAACCCCUUAACCCCAUAUUAAUAAUUACAUUAUUAAAAACUAAAACUAUUGUCUAGCCGUUUCGUUUACCAUUUUUUUAGAAUGCCAAAAAGUCUAUUUUAGGGCGUUUCUUAUGUAGUAUUUGAAAGAAGUGUUUAAAAUGAUUUUUUUUUAUAUAUUUUUAAUAUUACAUUUUGCAUUGUGUGAAAAUAUCUAAAACCAUUCACUGUGACAAAUAUGCAAUAAUAGAGAAAUCAGGAAGAGGGGGGUAUUUUUUACACAAUCAAAUCUAAAAACACAAACACACAAAAAAUGGUUUAGAUUGGAUGUCUAAAGGGGACAUAUUAUGCAAAACUCACUUGUUUCAUGUUUUUUUUUUAUUUCCACUUGGUUCUCGACUGCACCUAUAAACACCUCAAGCACCAAGAAAAUCCAUCCAUUUUCUGUAAAUCUGUUGAAUAAAUUUGGUGUCAGUAAUCAUACGUUUUUCAUAUGUAUCAAAUCUUCCUUCUUAACACGCCACAAUGAGAAAGCCUGCAUAGAACCACCCACUAGAUCAGUUGAAGAAACACCAUUUCGGUCAUUUUGGUUGAGAACCUCCGACAGUACACAGCAGGAUUAAUUAGCCAGCAGACUUCGUCUGACGGAGGGAUCUGUACCUACUGUCCCUGGCAAUUCAUCAGAAGAGGGAGAUGUUCUGCUUGGUGCAAACAUGGCAUGGCCAGCAACAUCUUAUUUGCUUAAAAGUGACAGAGCCCUUAAAUAGCUCAUACUAAAAGGGACUGAAACUGACAGAAUAGAGCUGAGAGAUCAAAGAACUUCAGAGAGCUUUCUUUCGUUUUUUAUUGCCUACAGACCUAUUCUAACUUGUGUGAGAAGAGGUAUAAUAUGUCCCCUUUAAAUAGUUUUUAGCUUCAUAUAAAAAUGCACUCUGUUAAAAUAGGUUCUCCACUCCUUUACCUUUUAAUUAAUCCAUUUUAAUUGAGCCAUAUACAAUAAUAAAAGAACUCAGGAAUGGGGCAUAUACAGUCUUAAGCAGUUUAUAAACCAGGGUUAUUUAAAGGUGCUUUAGUAAAUGCAACCAUUUAGAAGUUUAAGCCAUUCUUUGCAUGGUUAAAUUUGUGGAAAUUCUAUAAAGAACAGUCCAAGAAGAAAUAGUGAACACAGUGAUUCACUGUUUCACUGUGAUCCUUUCUUUUAUUUUUUCAACAUUCCUCUAACCUGAUCUGACCAUAAAGGAGAUGGGACAUGGCUAGAGUCUAGAUUUCUAUGCCAGGCCUGCCUCCGUUGCCAUGGACGACUGCGUAGGAUAGAGGUUAAGCCCACAAACACAGCAUAUGCAUGAGAUAACCUUUCGUCCUGUCAUCGUCAGGUUAUACACCUGUCGUAGAGGUGACAUACACCUGACAUAACAAGACCACCUGCACGGGAGAGCUCCUGCACACCGAGACCCUGCGGUAGGGCCUGCAGACGGGCUGCGUGCACCAGUGGAUACAGGCUGAAUGCAAUCAGCGCUGGUGGAAAUCAGCACCAGAUUCCUGCUCCACAGUGGAUCUUAUUUACUUAUUUCCUUAUUAUUUGAAAUUGCUGGCAGCCCUGGCUGUAUCUUGGCUGCAUGUUGACUGUUUUUCAUAUGUUUAAUUUAUAUCUUUAAUAUCAUCUGCGCAUAUUGUUCAUAUUUUCAUUCCGUGUCCUUAUUUAUUCUACAUAUGCUUUUUUUUUUUUAAUCCUGCAUUUAUUAUACAAGUAUAGAUUCUGCCUUUUAAGAGGCUUGUAUAAAUGUUUUUUUAAUAUGUACCAUAAUGUUGAAAGAUAUUGAAGGGUUAAAGGUACUGAAUUUUAUUAAAGGAAUACUCCAGCUGUUUUCAGCUUAAUCUCUGUAUGCUGCAUCUGUAUUGUACAGUCAUUUAUGAUGGACAAUAAUGAUGACUCGAAAUGCACUUCUAACAGAAAUCGAUGAACAUAUGCCAAAGCCUAAAGUAUCCCCCAGACUUCAGGACUGUUUAACUGUAACAGCUAUAAAUAAUGUAAAUAAAUAAAUAAUCUUAGUACCAUUAAA